AUGACUGAACACUAUCCUUCGUACAUUGUCGAUGCUUUUGCAAAGAAGAGAUUUUCUGGAAAUCCAGCUGCGGUUUGUCUUAUACCACAGGCAAAAAAGGAUGACGAAUACUUAAAAAUAGCUGCCGAAUUCAAUGUCUCUGAAACAGCAUUUCCAGUUCCAAUUGGCUCAUCAGACUACAAGAAAUGUGCUCAUUUUUCCCUUCGCUGGUUCACUUCAACUGCCGAAGUUCCAUUGUGUGGUCACGCGACACUUGCCACUUCACACGUGUUAUUCAAUGAAAUUGGAAAUGAGAAUAAGGAGCUCAAGUUUGACACACUGACAGGAUUAUUGGUUGUGAGAAGGGAUAGUAUCGGAAAUGUUGAGCUGAAUUUGCCCGAAUAUGAUUUGACGUCUAUCAAGUUUCAUCACACAGUGAACCCACUUCAUGGGAUUUUCUCUGAAUUCAAGGCGCCGCAUUUCCUAUUUGAUAUUGUAAAGUGUGUGGUUCCAACUGAGAUGGCAAUCGAAGCUUGCGUGUACGCAGCGAAACCUCGAGUCUUGGUAGUCGUAGUAGAUCCUCUUACAACAAAAUUUGAAUUGGAAGCAGUUAAAAUCGAUGUUACACGAAUGCUUCAAAUUCACGAUAACGGUUUUCUACAAGGAAUUGCAUUGACGUUGAGACCGAAGAAUGCAUUAAUUCAAGGAUUCACCGAUUCUUCUGAUGAACCAUUUGACUAUGCUUGUCGUUACUUUGCUCCUUGGGUUGGAAUAAAUGAGGAUCCAGCAACAGGGCAUGCACAAUGUGCAAUGGGUCCCUUUUGGUCAAAGAUAACGGGAAAAAAGUCGCUAUAUGCAUUUCAAGCAUAUCCAACUCGAGGAGGUCUGUUCCGUUUAAGCUUCCACGAUGGACGAGUUAUAUUAAAUGGACCAUCUGUCACUGUACUUAGAGGAGAGAUUACAUUAGAUGAACCGACAUUUUACUGAUAACUUGAAAUUUAAAUAAACAUGAUUUCUUUAGAAAGGUAUCAAAUUUUCUCUAUGCAAAAUGUCAUUCUAGAAAAAUUCUAACAAAAAGUCUACACCCCUCAAUUGAAACGUAAAUGAAUUUAUGUAAAAUAAAUACAAUCAAAUAUUCAAAA